AUGCGUUUCUCCGGACUUUGUGCUGCGGGCCUGAUCGCACCUCUUGUGGCUGCUCACAGCGACUUCCCUGUCCCGAAGAUCGUUGGCUUGGGACGGAGGGAUGCUGGAAAACUCAGGGCCAGGAACAUUCUGAGUGGACAUGCGGCACAUGCGCACGUCGCAGGACCCGAGCAUCGUUUGACAGCUCGUCAAGGUGGUGCUGAUGGUCGAUGCGGACCGAGCAAUGGCGGUGCUAGCUGUGCUGAGGGAUAUUGUUGCUCUGUAGCAGGUUACUGUGGUCAAGGAAAUGAUUAUUGCCAGGCACCAGACUGCCAGUUCCAAUAUGGCCCAGCCUGCGAUGCCAAUCGGGUUCCAGCUGGAGGAAGCACUCGUAACAUUGCUCGUCCUAAGCUUGGCAACCAACCCUAUGGUGGAGAGGGUAUCUACGACUGCACUCAGCCGAACACGAUUGCCAUCACGUACGAUGAUGGUCCUUAUGUCUACACUGAAGGUGUAUUGGAUCAGUUCAAGGCUGCUAAUGCAAAGGCGACUUUCUUCAUCACUGGAAUCAAUAUUGGCAAGGGCGCGAUUGACGAUGCGAGCCUGCCAUGGUCUGCUACCAUCCAGCGUAUGAUUGCCGAAGGACAUCAAGUGGCAAGUCAUACUUGGUCGCAUCAAGAUCUCAGUGCGAUCACCAAGGAACAACGCUACGAUCAAAUGGUUAGGAACGAGAUGGCAUUUGCCAACAUCAUGGGUAAAUUCCCCACCUACAUGCGCCCACCUUACUCCUCUUGCACGGCCGCAUCAGGCUGUCAGCAAGAUCUCGCGGAUCUAGGAUACGUUGUCUCGUACUUCGACUUGGACACCGACGACUACAACAACGUCACCCCGGACAAGAUCCAAAACGCCAAAGACAGGGUGUUCAACGCUAUCAACCCCAGCAACCCCCAAGUCGACGCUUUCCAAGCCAUCGCCCAUGACAUUCACCAGCAGACAGCCCAGAACCUGACUGGCUAUAUGAUUCAAACGAUGCAGGCAAAGGGCUACAAGCUAGUCACUCUAGGUGAGUGUCUCGGUGAACCAGAAGCAAACUGGUACCGAAGUGCUGCGACCGGCCGUGUAGCGUCCUCGUCUUCCUUCUCAGCACCUGGAUCGACAGCAACAUCAUCUGGUGCCGGCAGUGCUACAUCCAGUGGAUCUGCUGCCACUCCCACGGCUGUCUCCACAGAUAGCACUUGCGGAGGUACAUCUGGCUUAACCUGUCUUGGUAAGAACCGCAAAUGA